AUGGCAUCGCUCAGCUCAGCCUCUACGUACCGUGCUGAGCUCAUCAGUGCCUAUGGGCAGGGGCAUGGCGAACCCUGUUUUGAGGCUGACCGGCGGCAUGGACCCUUUGGGGCACGAGCACAUGAGGCCUUUGGGUACCCAGAGUCUCCAGGAGCCAUGUAUCCCUGCAGCCUGGGCACGUGGGUGCGUGCCCAAGGUGACACCUACCAAGUGGUGGCCGAUGUCAGCCAGUUUGAGCCCCAUGAAAUUGUGGUGACCACCUCCAACUGCUAUGUCUCCAUCCAGGCAGAAAAGGUGGCUGAGGAUGGCACCAUCUGUGACACCUUCACCCACAAGUGCCAGCUGCCUGAGGACACGGACCCACUGUCAGUGAGCUGCACCCUCACCGAGGCUGGCACACUGGUCAUCACUGCCCGGCGCCGUGCUGGUGCCCACCAGCCACUGUACCGCAGCGAGGUCACGCUGUGA